GGAACAAGGGUUAUUGAUGAGUGCUAUAUAUAAAUUUGAGUUGUAUUGUUAUGAGCCGCACCGUUCUCAUAAUCUCAAAACACAAACAAACACACACUUUCUCUCUCGCUGCGCCUCCUAUCGCCUCCACCACUCUCUUCUUUCAAUCUCUUCUAGGGAUUCCUGCUAGUUCUGCGGUGGCAGAUUCUGAGGUGAAGGUGCAACGUUGAAGUUUCUUUCAUGUUUGAACAGGCAACCAUCCAUCUGGGAGCAAUUGAGUUGCUUAGAGAGUGUUUUUCUUCUUCUAAGAAAAAGAACAAGCCGUUACUUAGAAAAAUCAGCUGUAUGCAUCGUGCCCCAUACCAGGAACAUACUGAGCUCUGUAAUUUCUAUUUGCAACCUCCCGCAACCUCUAAAGGAGAUCUUCAUUGCUGACUGUGAUAUUCUCCUCUGUUUCUCCGAGACUUCCUGCAUUUGAAUCAUCAUGGCGUUACAGAACAUUGGUGCUGGCAACAGCGAUGAUGCCUUCUACAGGUACAAGAUGCCUAGAAUGAUUACCAAAAUUGAGGGCAGAGGUAAUGGCAUCAAAACGAAUAUUGUCAACAUGGUUGAUAUUGCAAAAGCUUUGGCAAGGCCAGCCUCUUACACAACCAAGUAUUUUGGCUGUGAACUUGGAGCACAGUCAAAAUUCGAUGAGAAAACUGGGACUUCUCAUGUCAACGGAGCACAUGAUACUGCGAAACUUGCUGGCCUUCUUGAGAACUUCAUCAAGAAAUACGUCCAGUGUUAUGGUUGUGGAAAUCCUGAAACUGAGAUCAUAAUUACCAAGACUCAAAUGAUCCAGAUGAAAUGUGCUGCUUGUGGUUUUGUGUCUGACGUGGAUAUGAGAGACAAGCUGACUACCUUCAUCAUUAAGAACCCACCAGAGAGUAAGAAGGGCGGCAAGGACAAGAAGGCCAUGAGGAGAGCUGAGAAGGAGAGACUGAAGGAAGGUGAAGCAGCUGAUGAGGAGCUGAAAAAGCUGAAGAAAGAGGCUGUCAAGAAGAAGGGAGCUAAGGAAAGCACCGCAAAAACAAGCUCUUCAAAGAAAAAAGGAAAUGGCUCUGAUGAAGACCACACAUCUCCUACUCGAAGUCAAGUCGAUGAGAAGGAUGAGGCUGAAGAUGAAGAUGAUGUACAGUGGCAAACAGAUACAUCACUAGAGGCUGCUCGGCUGCGGAUCCAAGAACAGUUGAGUGCUGUGACAGCUGAUAUGGUUAUGCUCUCCACAACUGAACCUGAGAAGGAGGAGAAAGCAGCUGCAAAGGUAAGUGACAAUCCCGCUAAUGGUAAUGGUAACUCCAUGAACUACAAGACUCUGGUUGGGGAAAUCAAAGCUGAUUUGAAGAAAGGUGCUUCGGCCAAAGAAUUGGUGGCCCAUUGGGCAUCACUUCCCGUCUCUCCACAAGAAAAGAUGAGUGCUCUGUAUGAAGCCCUAUUUGGUGACAUUGAGAAAGGGUUUGCAAAAGAAGCAAUUAAGAAGAAGAAUUACCUUGCUGCUGCAGUUGCUGUGGAAGAGGGUAUGCCGUUGCUGUUGCUGCGUGCAAUUGAGGAAUUUUCUUGCAAGUCCACUUCCAAUGCACUCAAGGAAGUUGCCCUGGUUCUGAAGGCACUCUAUGAUGCUGAUGCGCUGGAGGAAGAGCACAUAUUGCAGUGGUAUCAAGAAGGGCUGAAAGGAGACACCAAAAAUGCUCAGAUUUGGAAGAAUGUGAAACCCUUCAUUGAAUGGCUUCAGAGUGCAGAGUCAGAGUCGGAGGAAGAAUAAUGUGUCUGUGAAUUGUCGACAUCUGUUGCUAUGUUUGUGUCUUUUAUUUAGAAUAAAGGGUCUGUUUUCCCUAUGUGUCAUUGAGUUUUUGUUUUAAAACUUUUGAGUGAUGAUGUUUGCCUGUUUUUGGCUCGUAAUGUUAUGGUCUGAGACUGUUCCGUAGUAUCUCUUUUGAGCUUUGUUUAAACUUGGAAUUGUGAUGUGUGUUUGUGUUUGUUGAACUAUUCCCUAGUAAUGUUAUAAUUUACUUUUAAUUGACA